UGGGAUGGUUUUCCCUAGCGAGUGUCGAGGUCUGUUUAUAUGACCGCGAUGCAAAGUUAUAAUAGUGUUUUGUUCUGUCCAGACGUCCAAACGAAGAAUCGAUACCGUCUAAGUAGGCAACGUUUCGAUCUUUUCAUUGUUUAUGCCGCGGGGAUUUCACGGGUUUCGUCGUACUUUUUACGUAUUCUUGCUGAAAGCUGUAGAUCAACAUUAGUUUCAUAAGUUUGAGCGAAUGGGAUAUCCAAAGUUAGUUCGUCGAAUUUGUUGAUUGUUGUUAGUUGAACUGUCAAUACCAGAAAGAUGCCGCAUGCAGGUUUCGUAACUAUACUCAUCGGAGUUACCGUAGCUACGGUUCUCUAUUUUAUGUUUGGAACUAAUAAGCCAAGAACUGCGCAGCAAUACUAUGAACAUGCGUACGAUUAUCAUUCAGAACGGCCCAAUAGAUUAUUUGAUUCUGAAGAAUGUUCAAUAUGUCUAUUACCAUUGAUAAAUAAAGCUACAUACAUCCUACCUUGCAAACAUCAAUUUCAUAAGAACUGCAUUGAUGAAUGGAGACAUCAAGCUCAAGGGCAUCGAGCGUUGUGCCCACUCUGCAGAUCUCCAUUUACAUAAGACUGCCAGAUUUAAUAAGAAACAUGUUUUGAUCAGUACAAUAUUUUUUGUACUCUAUUGAAACUGAAAAAUAUGUUUGUUAAACAUCAAA